AUGAGCAAAACUAAUCUAGGAGCCACCAAUCAGCCAGCAGCGUUGGCUAACAUUUAUAGCGCGGUACGCCGGCCAGGACUCGCGACGGGUGUCGCAGGCGGGUCAGGAUACAUACGAAAAGCGGAGGUCGUGGACUUGGCCUGCCAGCGGGCGCAGAUAGGCGACCUGGCACCUUGCAACUCGCUUGAUGGCAUUGCAGACAAGCGCAAAACGCUGUUUGUCGACUUGUCCGCCUGUGGCAAGCCGCUGCCCCUAGAGGACUGCAACUGCGUGCAUCUUUCGUUUCCCAGCACGUUGCUCAGGCGGCCCAAGUUCCAGUUCGUGCAACUCGCAAGAACGCUCGACCAAGAUAGCCAGAAUACACUGGCGGUGCAAAUCCAGAAGUGCGACACUUUUGUGUUUUACGACGAUGCCAGCACCAUGCAUGAAUGUUCGAUUCACACGUACCAGGCCCUCACCAAAAUAAUCCCAUACCUCGAAGACCGUAAGAACUUCCAUCCGCGCUACUUUCUAUUGCAACUCAAAAACGACAGUGGUGGCCCUUCUCGUAGUGGCAUUAAUGAACCAGUGUCCACCAGUUUAAAGCGAGACGGCAUAGAAAGCAAGCCGGAAAAACGCCCGGUAUUGAACCAAAAACCCUGUGGCGCCAAAAACAAACUCAAGGUGAAUUUAAAGAUCACGAUACCCUGCAGAAACUCCAAGAAUGAUAAUUCCAAUACGAUGUUUGUUCAAUCUUUGAAGAAAGACUCCAUACACUACUCUCCCGACAGCCUACGAAAAUAUUUCACAUUUCACAUCCCGGACGAGCUGACCAUUGACAAUUCUGUGUUGCCCCAAUGGCUUAAACCAUUCUCUCAUGUUGGUGACAAGAAUCUUCUGCGCAUAUUGGAUUCAUUUGAGUUACUUGAGAAGAUGGAAGUGAACCGAUUGGAACGUUGUUUGCAAUCCUCCAUGGGAAACGAGGCCAAUGAGGAGGCACAACAAAAUAAUCAGACCGUGGUCAGAGCUCACAGAGAGCCCAUGGCGCGAAGAAUUUACUCUUUCCGACAAUUACAACGUCAGUUUAGGCCCAAUAGGCAUGACUACGACUCAGAUAACGAUAGUUAUCAUCAACCUGAAAAUUGUAAGCUGAAAAUGGAUAUUCAUGAAGAAAUUCACGAUGGCCAAAAUAUAGAAAUCUUGUCAAAACUGAAACAUGCUAAUAACGAAAUCAUGUCAAGAGCUGCAAAAAAUGGUGAAACCUUGAAUGGUUAUAAAAGUGGGUCGCAUAUGCUGUCGGUGGAGAAUCACCCAACUGGAUGCUCUGCUAAAGAGGAAUUUGAUGUCAAAAUUGACGAAGAUGAAGAUGAAGAUGAAGUGGCUGAGACACCCUUGGAUGAUUAUUUGAUGACCCGAGGCAUUCAAUCGUUCACCAAGAACCGCUAUUCUAAUAUUCUACCCUAUGAACAUUCACGCGUCAAACUCGAACCUUCACCAGUAUGGCCUGAUUCAAGCGGCAAGACACUUUCUAAAAAAUCAUCAUCUGGCUCUUCAGCAUCAAAUAGCGCUAUUCGCAAAAGGCGCAAUUCUUACUUUUCUCAAGAUUUUCGGCCCAAAGAACGAGAGUCGGACAGCAUCGAUUCGCAGAGUUCCAACAAGCCUUCCACAACACAAUCAUUCAAUAGUCCUUCUAAUCAAUUGAAAGGCAACUCAGCGGAAAAUGACUCUUUCAAUGACUAUUUCAAUGCAAACUAUUUGAAGAUUCCACAAAUUAACCCAGAUUAUAACUACAUCGCAACACAAGCUCCACUUCCAUCAACUUUGGAUGAUUUUUGGAAAGUGGUGAUUUCCAAUGGAGUACGCGUAAUUAUUUCACUCAACUCUGACGAUGAGCUGAGCAUGAGAAAGUGGGAUAUAUAUUGGAACUGCAAGACCUUGAAGAAAUUUGACGUUCAAGUGAAGCAGUCUUACGAUAAUGUUGGAGGUGUUAAGGGUUGUAUUCUUAGGGUGUUUAAUGUGCAGAGAAAAUUGGAAGACAUGUUGGAAAAACCUGUGACCGAUGCCGCCAAUAAAUGCGAGGGGAGUGAUUCAAAAUACGAUUUUGGCGUCUUGAAAAGAAAGAAAACAGCUCCAGGUGAACAAGAAGAUCGUACUGAUGAACCAUUGAAAAGUGGUAGCUAUACCGUUUAUCAGUUGCAAUAUACUAAGUGGUUGGAUUCUUGUGGUAUUGUGAUGGCAGAUGUUUUAAAAUUACAUCGUAUGAAAGCCUUGCUUCAGAAACGACCAGAAGAGUUCCUCGAAAAUUUGGAACAUGGUAAGGCUUACCAUGAUAUUAUGAGGAAUGAUUCUACUGUAUGUCUUCAAGAGAGUAAAAGUGAUACUGACCUGAAGUCACAGCAAUCGCCUGUAUUGGUGCAUUGCUCUGCAGGAUGUGGACGUACAGGAGUAUUCAUAACUUUGGAUUUUCUCUUAAGUGUAUUGGAAUCCCCAUUCGACAAAUCUAAUCGAAUCGACGUGUGGAACAUGUCACAAGACUUAAUUUUCAUCAUUGUUAAUGAGUUGAGGAAGCAGAGAAUCUCAAUGGUUCAGAAUCUUACACAGUACAUUACGUGCUACGAAGGAAUACUGGAGUAUUUUGCUCUGCGAAAGAAUGUUGAUGUGAACAAACUUGUAUGUUAG